AUUGGAUUCUUCAUCAACCAUAACUUGCAUUCAAAGAGUUAUACAAGACAACUUACAAGCCUCUUUUGCUUUCCAAUCUAAAAAACACUUCUCCCUAAACAUAAUGAUGAACACAAAGAAACUCAUGAAGAUGGCCAAGAAAUGGCAACAGAGAGCAGCCUUAAGGAGGAAAAGAAUCUCAUUCCAGAGAUCAAAUUCUACUACUAGUAGCUCAUCCGCGGUAGAGAAGGGCUGUUUUGUGGUUUACACUGCGGAUCAAGUACGCUUUGCUUUUCCGAUAAGUUACCUGAGUAACUCUGUUAUUCAAGAGCUCUUGAAGAUAUCUGAAGAAGAGUUUGGUAUUCCCACAGAAGGACCAAUCACGUUGCCAUUCGAUUCGAUUCGAUUUUCUUGGAGUAUCUCAUCAAAUUGAUCAAAAGACGAAUGGAUGGAGAUACAGAAAACGCUCUUAUAACGGCAAUCUCUAGUGCUAGAUGUUCUUCACAAUGCUCUAUGCAACUUCAAAAACAUACUAGUACUCAGCUUGUGUUUUAGAGAAUUAGUAUCAAGCAAUUUCUUUGUUUGUAAAGAUUCUACUGUAUUACUAGAUUAGACAGAUCAUUUCAGAAAUACAAAACAUCAUUUUUGUCGUCUCUUUUAGACCGUAUCAUCAUAUGAAAGUAAACUUCAGU